GCUACAAGUCAAUAAAAGCAUAUUUAUCUGAAUCACGCCAAUACGUUCAGAUAUAAACCAGUAGUUGUGAAAGCAAUUCAUCUUUUUGGCAUCUUCUCUGUUCAGCUUCAUAAACAAAAGCUUAAUUUCCGUAUCCUCAUCUCUUAUCUCACCCAUUAAAGAUCUGAUUUCUCAUGAUCUUACUUCUUCAUUACCUUUCUCAAAUUGGGGAUUUUGGAUUGAUAAAACUCACCCCCUUCUUUUCAUUUUAGGGGGUAGGUGAAUCUUUUUUUGUUUAUUAAGACAGAAUUAUUAGACACGAUUCACGGAAAUGGGUUCUUACGGAAUGUUAGCAAAGAGGGUUGUGUCCACCGAAACACCAGUCAUGGUUCAGAUACAAGAAUUGCUUAGAGGUAUCAAUGGUGCCAUAUCCCUAGCUCAGGGUGUUGUGUACUGGCAACCACCAAAACCGGCAUUGGAGAAGGUGAAAGAGCUUGUAUGGGAGCCUUCAAUCAGUCGUUAUGGUGCCGAUGAAGGUCUUCCUGAACUUAGGGAAGCAUUGACUAAAAAGUUGCGCGAUGAAAAUAAGUUAUGCAAAUCCUCGGUGAUGGUCACUGCAGGCGCAAAUCAGGCAUUUGUGAAUAUUGUUCUUGCACUUUGUGAUGCUGGGGAUUCAGUCGUUAUGUUUGCACCUUACUACUUCAAUGCCUACAUGUCAUUCCAAAUGACAGGCGUUACCGACAUUCUGGUGGGCCCCGGUGAUCCAAAAACGCUUCACCCCGAUGCAGAUUGGCUAGAAAGAACUUUGCGGGAAACUAAACCAACACCAAAGCUUGUUACAGUUGUUAAUCCAGGGAAUCCAUCUGGCACUUACAUCCCAGAACCCCUUUUGAAGAAAAUAUCAGAUAUCUGCAAAGAUGCGGGAUGUUGGCUUGUUGUAGAUAACACAUAUGAGUAUUUUAUGUAUGAUGGUUUGAAGCACUCGUGUAUCGAGGGAAAUCACAUCGUCAACAUUUUUUCCUUCUCGAAAGCUUAUGGGAUGAUGGGUUGGCGAGUUGGAUAUAUAGCAUUUCCUUCAGAAGUGGAUGGAUUAGCACCACAGCUCCUUAAAAUUCAAGACAACAUACCCAUAUGUGCUUCAAUAAUCUCACAAAGAUUAGCCCUUCACUCAAUGGAAGUGGGUUCACAAUGGGUCACUGAUCAAGUCAAAGAUCUGGUCAACAACAAACUACUUCUUAUUGAUGCAUUAUCACCAUUAGGGGAAGGUGCUGUUAAAGGUGGAGAAGGUGCCAUUUACCUUUGGGCAAAGCUACCAGAUAAGUUCAUUGAUGACUUUGAAGUGGUCCGUUGGCUCGCUAAAAAGCAUGGUGUGGUUCUAAUUCCGGGAACCCCAUGUGGGUGUCCAGGUCAUGUUAGGAUCUCGUUCGGUGGUCUGGUGGAGAAAGAUUGCAGACUUGCGUCGGAGAGGCUAAAGAGAGGGUUAGAAGAAUUGGUCAAAGAUGGAAUGGUUUGACUUCGAGUACUCGGGGUCGAAUAGUGGUCUUGAAAAUGAUGUGGUUCGAUAUCGGAAUUCUAGAAUUAUAAGAAGUUUAAAAGAUUGGAAUUUUAGAAUGAAUGGAAACUUUCUGGUGAAACUGAAGAAGGUCUCUCUGUAUUUUUCUAUUUUCUUUUUA